AGGAGAUACAGUGGUUGAGACUUUGACACCAUGGCAAAAGCUAGUGGGCAGGGUGGUCAAGAUGACCAGCACCCAUUCUCGUUGGCCUGGAUCAACUCCUGCUAUCACCAGACUUUGCUACCGGAUGCACCAUGGCACAAGCUGGAGAGCCGAGUAGCCAGAGCUCUUGCUGGCCAUGUAGAGAAGCAGUUCGGAAAUCCUCAGCGCCGAGAGAUGCUUCUAGAACUUCUGGGAAAACAUUAUGUGGAUACCUACCUCAGCCAUGUCAAACGAAACCCACAAGAACUGGGCAGUUUGAGUGGAGAAGAGUACGAGCGUCUGAAAGUGGAAGCAUCCUCUUGGCUUAACAACCAAAUGUACCGUGCUGUUAAAGAUGUUGGACUUGAAGUCACGUUAAGUGGGGCAGCAGCCAGAGAGGAGGCACCUGUACCAAAAGAAUAUCAAGAUUUUAUGCAGCAUACACACAUACUGGUUUCCAAUGGUCUGGACCGACAGUUGUACAAACAAGAGCAAGUGCUCAAGGAGGAGAAGGAAAAAGAGUUACAGAAUCCUCAGAAAGCACAAAAUGUAGACUUCUUCAAGGUGCCAGCACCAAGUCGAAUGAAGCCAGUCAGCACAAUUGGAACUAGCAGUUCUGUUGCAUCUGUUCCUAAACCAACAUCAGCUCAGAUGCGAGGCAUGAUACACACACUAGAGGGAGACCCACCGCCAUUAUGGGGACAUCAGAGUGAAAACAUCGGUGCAGCGGUUGUAGCACUUCUUCAGCGAGACCCAAAAAAGUUCGGCCACGUUGUUGACAGCCUCCAUGGGCGACAGUUGCCAGGCAGCCUGCGUGCUUACAUCUGGGCUGAUGUAUUGUUCAAGGCCAAACGAAGACAUGCGAAGGAAGUGUAUUCAGAAAAAGUGAUACGUGAAAGGUUUGCACGUGCUGUCACCCGUGGGCUGACAGAAUUAAAAAUCAAGAAGCCCACACAGUCUCCAAUCAAGGGUUUAAUAGACAACGCUGUUGUAGAGACUUACAGCAAGACUGUCAGCAUGGUGCCAUAUAAACACCCACAACAUCUCAAGGAAACAUCAAGAGCUCUGAACGUCCUUUAUGUAUUUGACAGAAGUUACGAGUCUUUCCUUGUAUAUUGGCUUUUCCCACUGCAGAUUGCCUUCAGGAUCAAGGACCAAUACUCAGAUGACAAAGGUGAACAUGUGCUGGAAUUAGCAAUGUACCUAGAUCUCCUCAACGCUGGGUGCUUCCCCACCUGGCCAGAAGUGUUUGCUAUUGCUGAAUGUGUUAUGCAGCAGCUGCAGCAAGAAGACCCAGAAUUCCACGACCACCUCAAGAGCAUUGCCACCAUUAAUGUACAAGGCAGCCCUAAGGAGUUCCUAGUGCAGCUUAUUCAUCGAGAGAGAGAACAGGCAGAGGCCUUUCUGCAGUCAGUGCCAAACACCUCUCGCAGCAUGGACCAAUCUGCACACCAGCUUUUGGCUGACCCACUGAUCUUUCUUCGCAGGUGGAUUGGCGAGGGUUUUGUCAGUGUGCUGGAUGUACCAGGUGUUAUGUAUGUCUGGGACCAGUGCUUCAUGCAGUUUUGGAAACACUCAGUGCUUCAAAAUGUGUGCCUGGCACUGCUAGAACUACUGCGUCAUUGUUUCAUGGAGGCACACGAUUACCUCCAAAUGAAAGAGGUAAUAAAGGAAGCAUGCAAGCUUUAUACAGUUGAUGUACAAAUGGCCUGGAUUCAUGUUGAGACUGGAAAGCACCUCCUGGACAUUCCCUUUCUGAACCGACAGCGACCUGGGACUCCCAGCUCCCGACUUGCCAUGCCUCAGUCUCCUAGCUCCACACCUGGCCCUAGCUCACUGCAGGAGUUUGGCAUCAAGCACUUGCAAGUGAAACUAAUUAUUCCAGCAGAACUAGUCCAGCGUGAGGCCUGGUUGACUUUGCUGGACCCUGCGGGUCUAUGUCUCCACUGCACUAUCUACUUUGGCACCAUUCAGCUGCAGAGUAAGACCUCCACUACCUCCCCAGUUCUUGUGUCUGCUGACAAAGACAGCUAUGGAAACAUGGUGUAUGUUGUUCGAUUCCCCAAGGAGAAGUUUGUGUAUCCUAGCUAUGACAUUGUACAGUAUGAUGUGGAGCGAGAACUGGGGGCUUCCAUGUAUGCAGUGAUAAGUGUGGAAUACAGGCUGCCUUCAACUUCCAAAUCCAAAGAUGCAAAUGUGGAGGUGCUAGGUUGGUCACGUUUGCCACUGUUUCGUCAGACAAUAACUUCAAGAGGUCAGGAAACCUUCAUGCUGCUCGAAGGAGAAACCCAGGUUGCUCUGCACCCUGGAAAGAUAACUCUGAGUUUUCACACAGCCCAGCCAGCCAGCCCUACUCAGCCAUCUGAGGAUGUGUUCCUGGGAUAUAAUUCAGAACUUGAAAGUCUAGUGUUCGACCCCAACCGUGAGCCUGUGACUCCACCACUUAGUUCUACACCUCAGCCAAAGCCAGCGACUCAGCGCACACCUCGAUUACCACCAGCAGUUCCACCUGCAGACACUCAACAACACAGAACUCCCACACAGCCAAAGGUCACACCUGAACAGCCAAAGUUACCACCCAAAAGCGUGACCCCUGCAAAACCCUCUCCUCAGCCCCCUGAUCCUGACCCAUGGGUGGCCUUCAGUACCAAAACAAAAAAUCCUAGCCCUACAACCAGUCGGGAUCCCUUUGAUUUCUAUGUAGAUUCAGUGCGUUAUAUUCCGGACAACGCAUCUAUAAUCAAGGUGACAGGACGUAUCUUAAAAGGUGGAGAGCUAACCAGUCUCCAAGACAUCCUGGCAUUGCCGCUGCUGCAGGGCCCAGCCCGCUGUCCAGCUUUUGAUUUUCGUCUUUUGGUGAAUAGUGAGGGUAAGCAAGCGAAUCCUGAGACACUGCUGCUGCUUCGUGUCUACACUGUGGACAUGAUCACUGAAAAAGUCGUGGUUGUUGGCAGUUGUCUGCUGAAAGUGUUUGACACCACAAAGAGAAAGGAGGGGCUUCUACGUGUCGGAGGUCAUCAGCUAAGACUACGUAGUGGCAUGCCUGAUGUCCGACAGGGCAUCAGUAACCUUAAGCACACAGAUCUCGAUUUUGCUCCUGCUGUCCCAGCCUGCAGCCUUCUGGUGCGGCUUCUGCCUUGCUCCCAGGAUCCUGUGCCUGCUCCACUGUACAGUUCUGGCUACUACCAAUCAUCUGACUGCCAACCCACUAUAUCUGAGCAACGCAUCUUUGCAAGCUACACUGAGCACAUGGCCUAUCCACAAACAGAGCGUGACAUGAUUUUGAGACUUCAGACUGUGGAAAAUAAACAGACAGGUGCUGGUGGUAACGCAACCCUAUUGAAAUGGCUGGAGGACCGCCUGGAUAUCAAACAACAGGCCAACAAACAGGCAGCUGAUAAUCUGAACCUAAUUCAGUGUGUGCGCUAUCGCAUCAAAACUGGGCUGAAGGUCACAGCCAACAAAGCUUUUCAUCUUCCAGAUGGCAAGUACAUCAUCUGUGUAGCUCAGGUGGCACCAGGUGCACAAGCAUGGCGUAUGUCUCCCUCAGAGGAUAAUUUUGGCCGCAGUGAUCCAUUAUAUUUUACAAGGCUCAAACUUGGUGGACUGCUACAGGCUCCUGAAUGGGAAGAUGAGCCCCAGAUUUUGCAUCCGUUUUAUGACGACAACAGUGUGUUGUUGGUGCGACUACUUGGUAUACCUGUUGGAUACAGUCCCACUCCUGACCAUAAGACUGCAGGUAUCCUGACCUCUAGCAGUGGACAUCCUCUAGAAUUUAAAAAAGAACACAUCAUUGGUUGGACAGUGGUGCCCAUUUUUGAGGGCCUUGCCGUACAGACAGGAACUCAUCAUGUCCCUUUGCUUACUGGUGACAUAUCAACAGAGUUGCUGGAGGAACUUAGAGUGUCUUCUGCUAAAGAUGUUCUUAGUGGACGGACUUGGAAUAAAGGCUCUAAACAUGAGGCAGCAAGCCUGGCAAUAACUCUUUGGGAUGCUCAUUAUGAAUACAGCCAGCUGCCUGCAGUACCUAUAUACACAGCUCUAGAGGAGUCUGUGGGAGAUGCACAAGCAAUUCAAGCAGCACGUGAUGCUAGUGCAACAGCCCUUGGCCCAAAAGUCCAGGAUAUCAUCUUGGAGGCCUUACCACCCAAGAUUAAGAAGCAAGGCAUCAAGGGCACCAUCUUCAUCAAAGAGCAAGAGCAUUUUAAGAAAGUGGCUUCACAGACAAUGCAUUCCCUGGCUGAACGUGCAGUGGCAGAGGGAAUUAUACAUCAGUAUAGCUACCAUAGCGGCAGUCCAGCAGGAUUCUGAAUUGAUUAAAAGUUUUCACCAAGUUUCACAAACCUGGAGACAUUCUGUGUACAUUCUGUGUGAGACAGCUGAGUUUGCAGCCCUCACAAGAUGCUGGAUUUGUGAGACAAUCCCUCCUCAAAUGCAGAAGAACCAGCUGCUCCAACAAGUUGCCAAUUCCACCUGAUCUCUCUUUGUCAGCUCAUGAAGUGUGUAGUUUACACUUCAGCCAACUCUAAUUUCACUUAUUAUAUGGUAGGACUAAAAAUAGUGAUCUUGCAGAAUGAUGGCAGUGGGUCUCUGACUUCUGCUGUGUUCAGCAUUUAUGAAGUGUUUUUUUUGCUAUUAGUCAUUUCUCUGUGUGAUUCUUAAAUGAUUAUGCAUGUGUACCUAUAGUACCUACAAUGGUGUAGAGGGCCGGCUGCUUUGCUGUGAUAUAGUCUUAGUUUCUAGCCCAGUAUAAAACGCCAAUUUAAAGAUAAAAAAUAAUGGGGAGGGAGUGGCGAGUGGAGGGUGUCUGUGAACAAAACAAGCUUUGCAAAUGAUCUUUUGAUGGAUUAAUUUUAGUUGGAAUUUCCCGUGCAGAAAAGCCUUUACACGGUUGACAUAAAACAUUUUCAAUUUGGCUGCCAAUAUGCAUUCCAUGUUUCCAAACUGUGAUGGCAUAGCUAGACAAAAAUAAACAAGCCAUAGACACUUAACGUCUUUUCCAUUUCUGGGCAUUGAUAAAAAAAUUAAUAACAUGGUCAAAAUAUGCUUUUGCUGUUUAAACUAGAAAAUUUUUUUUGAGUUGCUGCUUUGUCAGGGGUAUCCACUGAUGCAACUCCAGGAGACCUUUCAACAAAGCAAGAUUUAUCUUUUGACAUCCGUACAUUAUGUAAGUAGAAGGGUGGCAGCUAUCUUACCUCACCAAGUUGGUGUAUCAUCAUCAUCACAGGACACAGUAUAGUGUAAUGUGUUUAAGAUUAAAUAUUUAUUUCAAGCUCAUUGCUACAUUCUUUUUUCCUUCAUCUUCAAUGCCUUUGUUAACAUGCAGGGAUCAGACUGUUACAUAUAACCUAUAGUAGUUGUUGAACCAUUGGGAGAAAAGUUCUUGUGCUAUUCACUUGGGAGAAUAUUUAUAACCUUAACAAAACUUUCAUACCUGUAAAAAGGUUUUUUUCAUACGUUGUCUCUUAUUGAUGUUAAUAACUUUUGUUUAGUCCGCAAGAGUUUUUGAUUGGCACUUCAGUCAAAUGCAAAUUAUUAUCAUGAGAUUUACUGUAUAUCAGACAUUGAAUGGCGCCUAUGGCACCUGAGUCAAAUGCAAUUUAAUAUUAAGAAAAAUCCAUUUUGUGCUUACCAACAGUAUGUCAGAUGGAAAGUAUUUUACAUACACUGCUGUAAUUAUUUGCAAAUUUUCUCAUGCAGACAUUCUUGAGUGAAAAUGUUUUGUUCUCUUUCAUUUCUUUUGCCACCAUAUUGCUCCAGUUCUUCAUCCUGCCAUGUCUGUGUGUGUAAACAAUACAAAUAGUGAUGAUGAAUGGUCUAAUAGAAAAUAUUUUAUGUUGUUAGAAAUUGAAAAGGUAUGAAAUUAAACAGCAUUGCCAUUAUUUUACAGUACACCAGCAUUUGUACUGCACAUGUUUUAUGCAUAACCAUGUUACAGAUCAGUCACGUGGGCAUUUUUUUUUUUUUUUUGCGCCAUACCUAUAAAGGGGUACUGAUGUUUAAUAGUUACAUAGAAAAAAAUAUUGUUUGCAUGUUUGUAAAGAAAUAAAUAAUUUCUUCUUCA